CUGUAUUUGGCGGGUUCGGGUCAGAGGGUAAGCCUAAUAUUUGAGCCGUCGAAGAAUAACGAAUGUGCAGAAUAUGGAGCCAUUCAGCUCCUGCGAUGAACCUGAUUUUUUGACCGAAAAGAGGGCUUUAUUUCAAAAGGCAUUGGAUUUGACUUCUAAAUUCCGAGCAAAUGUUUUCAUCAUUGUCGCAGAAAACGGCAAAGCAUCUGAAUACUGGGGAAGUGUGGAUUUUGUCAAAGAGUAUCACACAACUGGACUCAAAGUCAGAUCACAUGAUGUGGGAAUAUUUCCAGCAAUGUCAAGUGAUAUCUAUCUGGAUUCAAAUCCUGUCCUACACCCUACGAUGAUACCCGAGUCAAAAACCGAGCUGUAUCCAACAGAGAUAUCAGAACAUCAACAAGGUAUGGAAACGGCUGAUGUAAAAAAACAAAAAUUCAAUUUCCAUGGAAAUGAAUCACAAGGGAUAGGGUCAAGCCUGGUAGUUGUGAAGUGUGAAAACGAUCCAAACAAAUUCUCUCUGGAAGAAGAGGAUUACUCAAAUAACAUGAAUGAGGAAGGCCACUAUGUUGUCAUGGAGACAAAAGAGUCUGAAAUAGAAGGUAUAAAUAGGAAUGAUGGAAUAGAGGAACUACAUGUAGAAGAAAUGUUUGAAAUCAACGAUUCUGUGGCCAUGGAAAAUGAAAAACUUAAUGCUAGCAAUGUUGAUGGUCUAGAUGCAAUUAACUGCGACAGUAAUAAUUGUGAUCGACAAACAAAGGCAAAACGUGUGAAGUUCCAAAAGUUCACAGUUGAGGAAAAAAUCUUGCGACUGAGCAGGUUGUACAGAGAAUCCCACAGUUCAAAGGAAUUUGUUUGUGACAGAUGUGGCGUGUGGUUUGCCACUUUAGCAGCAUGGAAAAUCCAUGAGUCAGAGGAUACUUGCUCUAAAAGAAAGUGCAGAUAUUGUGGUGUGGGCCCGCUGAUGCAUCAGGAGUUACAAGAACACAAACUGCAGAAUCACGCAAGAAAGAUACCACUGAGAGUGUGUACAAUUUGUGACAAAGACUUCCUUUAUUUCAAUACGUUACAAACGCAUUUGUUGAAAGAGCACGGGAUAGAACAGAAAAGGAAGUACAGAUGCGAGGAAUGUGAGAAGAAUUUCCACUCUGGAAGUGAUUUGAAUAAACACAAGUUACUUCACGGAGAAAGGAAAUACACCUGUAGUAUCUGUGAUAAAAAACUUGUAACUGCUAAGUUGCUUGCAAAACAUGAAGAAACACAUGGAAAGAUAUAUAAAUGUGAACUGUGCGAUGGUCAUUUUGCAUCGGCAAUUAAUUUAAAACAACAUAUUAAAGGCCAGCACACAAAAGAAGGUCUACUGAGCUGUCCUAUUUGCCAGAAAAGUUCAGUUUCAAGUUACCAGCUCAGUUAUCAUAUGGCGUCUGCACAUGAUCAGUUUGAUGAACUUGUACAUUGUAAAUACUGCAACAAAGCUUUCAAGCAUCAGGUGAACUUAAAACUACAUGUCAAAUCCCAGCACAUAUUGCCAUCGUUUUUGUGCGAGAUUUGCGGCAAACAGUUUAGAGGUGCACGACAACUUCAGUUGCAUCGCGCAGUUCAUACAGAGAAGAGAGAGCAAUGUCCAAUUUGCUUUAAAUAUUUCACAGCCAGGAAACAUAUGAAGAGACACAUUGUUGUGGUUCAUUCUGAUGAGAAACCAUGGCAAUGCGAUGAGUGUGACUACUCGUGUAAGUUGGGAGACAGUCUUCAACAGCACAAGAAGAUCCAUAUAAAAAACAAUGUACCGGUACAAUACACAGACACUCUGCAGUCUGCCAUUUUAUAA